AUGGGCCAUAAAAUAGACAUUUUUUUAUACAUUUGCAAAAGAGAAAAGGAAGCAAAGGUUAAGAAAGAUGUCGUAAAGAGACUCAUCCCGACGAAAAGGAAGUUCACAAGGGGGGUAGUAAUCAAAUACGUUUUGCACAACUGUAAAACGAAAAAUAAUUUAAUAAAAAAAAAAUGGAACAUAAGUUACAUACUAAAUAAGACCAAAGAUAAUCGUAAAGGAGUGAACAAAAGGGAGAAACCCGAAAGAAGACAAUUCGAUGAAGCUACUAUUCAACAUGGCGAAGUUACAGACGAACAUAACACUGAAAAUUCACCUCAAAAUGGUUCGCAAGAAUAUGUGCGUCGAAAAAGUUCUUCUUCUAAAAGUUCAGUUACAUACAAAAAACUUCUCAACAGAAUACUCCGCAAUGUGAAAAAUGGCCAGAGCACGACGAUCAUAAAUUCAGGCGUGGACACGAAGAAGAGGGAGAAAAAUGUUUUUUUCUAUGGACACCUGUAUAGGAGAUAUUUAAGGGACAGUGGAAAUGUUCUGGAAAAGGAGGAAACACCUAGUGGUGUUACUAGUGAAAAAGGGGUAGAAACAUCAUCGGAGAGAGAAAUAAAGAAGAAGGAAUCGUACAAAGGUUGGCGUGAUCCAUGUUGUCGCGCGAAGAAAAAACGGAAGAACUACAUUCAAAGCGCCAAUUCCGAGGAAUGCUUAAAAAAAAAAAAAGGACUCAUUUUGGAUAUAUACGAUUGGAUUGUUAGCAAAAAUAGUGAAGAAGAUAUGAAAAUAUCAAUUUCUUCAUGGACUUACAAAAAUUGUAAAAUAAUCGAUAUGCUAAAAAAAAAAUUUAGUGAAGAUAAAAAUAGGACAAGUGGAAGAAAAAUAUGUAGGAAGACGCCCCCCUUUUGCCACAGGUGCUUUAUAAAAAAAUCUUUUGACAACCCAAAUUUUGGGAAUCCGGAAUGUUGCAAAGAAUUGCCUAUAAAGAAGCCAAUACAAAAUGGCGAUCAUUUAACCAUAUGCCUUAAACGUAUAAUAAAAAAGUGCAGAAAAGUUUUUGGUCGGUCAAAGAAGGGAAUCGCAAAUAUUUGCUUUGUUUUUAAAUACAAAAUUGGAAUAGACGGGAGGGAUACUUGUGUGUACUUAGUUAAUUUUCCACUUUGCAACAUUCAGAAGGGUAAAAUUUUCCACAACAUUAAUAAUGAAAAAUCUCUUCUAUUUUUGUUUAAUAAAAAGAUUUUAAAAUCGGUGAGAGGUAUUAAUGAUUACUCUAGUUUUGUGUUUCCUUUUAAUUAUGCGAAGGGGUGUCAGAGGGCCCUCAAAUUGAAGAAGAAAAUGCUUCAUUUUGUGAGUCAGGGAGAAGGGGUGCGGCAGGUUAAGAGAGCCGAUAUUACGGAGGAGAAUAUACAUGGUGAAAGCCCAUCGGAAGAUAAGCAAAGAAGUUUAAUUGAUGCAAGUCCAACCGAAGUGUGCCACCAACGUGGGCGUACUAGUAGUAGUGCCACCCCAGUUAAUGGAGCAAAUAAAGAGGUCGAUCUCUCUGAGAAAACUGGCAUGAAGGAAGAAACAAAAGGCACAGGGGUAAUAACUCCAUUUAAGAAGCAUAGAAAAAAGAACAUGAUUUUCCACAUGCAUCUUUUCGAAUUGCUCAUUAGACUUAUAUUCGAGAACACGAAAACUUAUUUUACCUUUUUCAUCACGGAGUUGACGCACAAUGGAGAAUUCUACAAAAAUGUGUACUACUUGAAUUUUAGUAAAAUGGUUAACGUGAGAAUAAAACGGAAAGGAAAUAAAAAUACAACACAAGGGAGAAUCAUCCGUAGUGAGAUAUACAAUCUGAUGAAACAGAACGACGAAUGCAAACAUAUGAUAAGGGAAAGAGACAAUACUAUACAGAUAUUACAAAAUGAAGUAAGAGAAAAGGAAAAGGCAAUGUUAGAGCUAGAGGAUAAAUUUUCAAAGUACAAAAAGGAUAAUUUAGAUAAAGUAAAAGUUAUAGAAAAUCUGAAGAGCAAAAUAUCAAAAAGGGAAAAUACUAAUCAGAAGGAAAAUAAUGCAAAUGAGCAGAUGGUAAAAAAUGCUAAUUAUAUAAAAAAACUGUAUAAUGAAAAUAAUUUAUUAAAAGAAAAAAUUAAAAAAUUAAAUGAGUCUAUUAGGAAAGACGAAGUUUCUUCUUCACAUUCGACUGGAAAAUUUGUUGACUCCAAGGAGAAUGGCACGACCAACCUGCUAGCAAAUAACCAGGGCACGAAGGAUAUGGAGGAGAAAAAUGAAAAGUUAAAUUUUUUUCUCAAGGCCUUUUUAGACACUGAGCAGAAAUUAUAUACAGCCGACGUGCUCAUAAACACCCAGAAGGAGAUUAUUGCAAAAAUUAAGAAUGAGAAAGAGAGUUAUUUUGAGGAAGUUAAACGGAAAAAAGUUCUUUUUAAACAGGAAGUGGAAAAAUCUCUGGAUUUUAUACACUCCAUUUGUGAAGACAUAAAAACAAACAAGGAGAAAAUUUGUCUGGCGAACAGGAUUAACAAGCUUCACGAUUGCAUAAAUAGCUUUUUGAGUACAUUUGAAAAGGGCCCCUAA